AUGGUCACAUUAUCAAGCAAACAAGAUACUGGAAAGCUCAAGGCUACCGAGGAAACUGCGCUACUGAGCGAUUCCACGGUCAGUAGAACAUCACAGGCCACUGACGACUCCGAAAACAGUCUCCAAGAUUUUGAAUCACAGCAACAACAACAACAACAGCCAGCCCACAAAAUAUCUUAUUACCUUUACUUCUCACAUUUCCUUUCCACAUGGAAUGCACGAGUGCUGGAAUAUGGUGCAGUCCUCUUUCUCGCAGAAAUGGUUCCAAACACGUUCCUGCCGCUCUCACUAUACGCCUUUUUCCGCUCCCUUACAGCCAUUAUUUUUUCACACAAGCUAGGCCUUUACAUUGACCACACAAACAGACUCGAAGUCGUAAGAACAUCCAUUGUACACCAACGUAUAGCCGUCGUAACCACAUGUUUUCUGUUAUGGCUCAUGGCGUUGCUUCUUAAACCGCAGCGCGGCGAUAGCAAUGCCGAAAUGAUAGCAAUGACCUUCGAGUCUUCGUUGGAGCUUAACCCUCUUGUGUAUUCUGCAAAGUUCAACAUUCUCAUGGCUCUUCUCAUCAUUUGUGCUUGCGUAGAACGUCUUUGUGCAACUAUGAACCUUGUUUCCGUUGAACGGGACUGGGUCGUCGUCAUUGCAGGCAAUGAUUCGCGAUUUCUGCAGAUUCUCAAUGCUCGAAUGCGCCGGAUCGAUCUAUUUUGCAAACUUCUCGGACCUCUUGCCAUCUCUUAUCUUGAUGCAUGGUUACCACUUGUGGGUCUUAUUUGGAUACUUCUUCUCUGGAACUUUGGAUCCAUGUUUAUCGAGUACUUUACCAUUGAGAAAGUCUACCAGGCUUUUGAUGAAUUGCAGGAGGACAAACCAGCACUUCAACCGACCACAGAUCUUCCAAAUCCAGCUACAACACAGGGAUCUCGAGUAGGUAUCUUGUCUAAAUUAAUCUCAUGGUUAUACCUCAACUUUGUUUCACCAUUUACUUUUUAUUUUGAUCACAAAAUGGUACUGGUAUCAUUCAGUUUGUCUAUUUUAUAUCUCACAGUGCUAUCUUUUGGUCCUCAAAUGGUAUCUUUUUUGCUUUUCCAAGGCCGUAGCCCAAUCGAAGUUGGUUUGCUUCGUACGGUUUCGGUAAUUUGUGAGCUCAGCACGACUUUUCUUUCUCCCUGGGUCAUGGGAUUCACAGGCCCUCUUUACUCGGGUGCAAUUUUCAUUUUGUGGCAAGUAACAUGCCUUGUUGCUGGUCUCUCGCUUGCAUGGCCUCAAUUAGGAACUGAUCCUCGUGGUGCACUUUAUCUUGUUGUUGGCGUCAUUCUGUCGCGUAUAGGUCUCUGGGGAUUUGAUCUUUCAGCACAAGUCCUCAUUCAAAAUGGUGUUGAAGCUGAAAACCGAGCACGGUUUUCUUCAGCUGAAGCAGCAUGCCAGAGCUUUUUUGAGCUUGUAUCGUUUGCACAGACAAUGAAGUGGUCCACUCCCCAAGAGUUUAAGUAUCCGGCUAUUGUGAGUAUGAUUAGUGUAAUCAUAGCCGCUCUAGUUUAUUUUGUUUAUGUGCUUAAAAAGACAGUUUUAUAG